CGCCCGUGCUGCAUCUCGAAAUUCAACCGAAGCUCCCCGGAUCGUGUGAUUUUUAUCCACUUGCAAGCUGCAACUUCAAGCUCCCGUCUGUCGAAACUCCCACCAAGGCUCCAAUGGCUUCCAAGACCAGUGCGAGCGGAAGCUCCGCUUCAAACCCGAUUGGCAAGCUCCAGGCCGGGCCCGACGCAUUGCGCAAGGAGGCAGAGUCCUCGGCCGAGUACGAGAAGGCACAGGAAGAGGCGAAGAUCAGAAGACUGCAACAAUUGCUGUCCGACCAAAACUCGCAGCCCAUGACCAUCAACCGUCUGCAGGUCCACGGCGCUACCAACACACGAAGAGGAUUUCUCGACCCCAUCUUCACGCCACUCCUGACCGAGGAUGUCAACAGCUCCUCUACCCUUGGCGAAGUAGCAGCACGAUUGGGCGACGCAAGAGGAAAGCUGGAGAGACUCGGCAUCUUCCACCCUGAUGUCAAGGUCCACCUUAGCAACGCCAACAACACCGAUGCCUCGUCCACCCCCACCGAUGUCGAUGUCGAUGUGGUUGUCAAGGAGCUCUCCCGCUACAAGUUCAACGCCGGAACCGAUGUCGGAAACAGCGAAGGCUCCGCUUAUACCUCUUUGCUUUGGCGCAACAUCUUUGGCGGUGCUGAGCAGCUCACCGUCAAUGCCAGUGCUGGCACGAGAACCCGUUCCGCAUACAGUGCGACCUUGAGCGCACCGGUCCAAAGUAACCCCGAUACGAGAAUCGCGCUCGAGGGCUUGGCAUCUGCCACCGAUAAGUCAUGGGCAGCUCACGAGGAGGUUCUAAAGGGAGGAAACCUGCGCUUUUCAUGGCUCUCUGGCCUGAAGGAUAUGCACACGGUCGAAUACUCGGGCAUAUGGCGUCAAGUUACUGGCCUUCGUGACAGUGCCAGUCCCACCGUGCGCGCUGAUGCCGGAGACUCCGUAAAGAGCUCCAUCAAACACAUAUAUCAGAGAGACGAGAGAGAUAACCCGCAGCUUCCGCAAAGUGGCUACGUGCUGAAGUCGGUUUGGGAGCUGGCUGGUCUCGGGCCUCUCGGCGGUGACGUUGCCUUCUCCAAAAGUGAAUGGGAGGUGGGCGGUGCGCUGCCCGUCCCCGUUCCCGGUGUAGAAGGAUCGUCUGGUAUCUCGAUCGGAGGAGGACUCAGGUUCGGCAUGCUGUACCCGCUUCCUCUUGGCUUUUCCUCCGAGGGCAAGGCCCAGCCGAGUCGCAUCAACGACAGAUUCCAGCUCGGUGGGCCCACCGACGUCCGCGGAUUCCACUAUGGUGGUCUCGGACCUCACGAUGGAUCGGACUCGGUCGGCGGCGACGUCUUCGCGGCUGGCAGCGUGAACAUGCUGUUCCCUCUGCCUUACAAGGGCCCCGACUCCGCCCUUCGCUUCCAGGUCUUCGCCAACGGUGGCAGACUCGUCGCGAUGAAGAACAAGAGCAAGACCGGUGCCUCAGCUAGCGCGGGUCUCGACGCUAAAAGUGUCGCAGGCAGCGCGUGGAGAGCGUUGAAUGACCUGACGACUGGCCUGCCAUCAACAGCCGCUGGUGUCGGUCUGGUUUACGCCCAUCCUGUUGCCCGUUUUGAGCUCAACUUCAGUCUCCCAUUAGUGCUGAGACGGGGCGAGCAGGGUACCAAGGGACUGCAGGUCGGAGUCGGUAUCAACUUCUUGUAAAGGCCUCAUUUCCGACAUAUGGAUAAAGUUUGCGUGCCGGCAUACAGCAGCACAGCCUGACUAGACCAUAUUGUACAACUAUGUCAUUGUAGAUACUCUCUAAUUGGAAGUUACAACCCAAAUGUGCCUACAGAAUUCCCAAACUCUUCGGGCCCGGGCGAUUCAUUCCACACCACUUUUGUCCGUGGCGCGAUGUGAGGACCCUUACCAACUACCCUGGCCCGCCCAGUAAGCUUAUUCAGCGUAUUUUUGGUAUUUAACAGUCGGCCUCCGAUCGCCGGGACUCUUCCGUCUCACAAGGAUGUCGUGGAACUUGGAAGCCAUCGUGGCAUUGUUGCAGCGCCGGCAGGAGGG